AUGAAAAGAGAGGCCAUUCUGAAAAGAACUAGAAAAAGUUCCAAAUCUGAGUUUGAUAGUGGGAUGAAAUAUCCUACUAUUUCUGAGAUGGCUAGGGAUAUUCUUGUUGUUCCUAUUUCCACUGUUGCUUCUGAGUCGGCAUUCAGCACAGGAGAUUGGAUAAGAUCUUCAGACUCCGAGUUGGUGGCUGAUGGAGAAGAUGAGGGUGAUGAAGUGGUAUUUCAAAAUGUAUAUGCAGCUUUUCAUGCUCGGAGUGCAAGUGCACCUGCAGGACCUAGUGGAAGCUCUCCUGCUACCCAUGUUUUGGUCCCGAGUCCUACUAUGUCACAAGUGGAAGAAGACUAUGUCGAUGACAAUUCUGAUGAGAAUGAUGAGACUUAUGUGGAUGUAGAGCCUGAUGAGGAGUGA